AUGUUCUCGAAGGACGAGGAUGAUCGUGAGUUGGCGGUGGUGCUUUGGCUGUUGUUCGCGACGCGCGCGGGUGGGGAUAUUUGGGAGGCGUACGCCGCGUGGUUGCCGACGGCGGCGAACGGGCUGCCGUCGACGCUGUUGGCGACGGAUGAGGAGCUCGCGUCGACGCAAAACGAAGCGCUGGUGCGGCGGGCGCGAGAGGUGAGGUCGCUCGUUUCGCUCGCGUUCGAUCGCGUGCCGUUCGGGGCGGUGCCGGGGAAGCUGACGCCGGACGAUUUGCGCUGGGGGUACGCGUUGGUGACGUCGCGCGCGAUCGCCGCGGAGGUGGGCGCAGAUGAGGAGGGAGGGGCGGACGACACGCAGGUCGCGGUGCUUGCACCGUGUGUGGAUAUGGCGAAUCACGUCGAUAUCGCGAACGUCACCGCGUUGAAGAAAAUUGGCGCGAGCGAUGGCGGCGGAUUGAAGGGCGCAUACUGGAGAGUCGUAACAGGCGGAAGCGUGGACGGCGGCGGUGGCGCGUGUUGCUUGGAAACGAAUCGUCCAAUCCAAGGCGCGGACGAAGAAGUGACGAUUUCAUACCAGCCCGACGCCUCGAACGACGAACUCAUGGAGAGUUACGGUUUUAGUUUACGAGGUAACCGCAACGAUCGAUUGGGCGGCGCGAACAUCACGUUGCGGCUCGGCGCAUUCCGGCAGGCGAUGGAAGAGUCGGGCGUGCUAGGUGGAUCGACGCCCGAAGAGGAUGUUCGCAGAAUAAUUGCCGUCACGGCAUCUGCGUGCGGCGGAAUACCUCCGGGAAGAGAACUCGUGGCCGACGACGACUGGACGCUGGAAGGCGACGACAUCCAGCGAGAGUUAGACGACGCCGUGAAGCUCGGCGAGGCGUGGGAGCGCGAGUUGGACGCCUUUGCCACGACGCUGGAAGAAGAUGAAGCGGAGUUAUUAGAAAAUAGAAAGUAUACCACGGCUUUCGGACGUGCAGCGGUGGAGUAUCGUGCCGAACGGAAGCGCCUCCUAGGGGUGGGACUCGGCGCCCUCAGUGCGUACGUGGAUUGGUUGUGCGCCGACGACGACGUAGAAGGAUAGUC